CAGAUCCACCCAGGGAUCUUGGCUGCAACAAUUACAAGGUAUUUACCCAAUGGCCAUCGUCCAUUUCCCUCAUUCCGUCUACAUGCACGAACUGGGAGAGCUGUAGGGUCAGUCGCAAGGCUGGGCAUGGAGGCAGAAAGGCAGUCUAUGGCCACUCCCCCCCGGAGACGCCCCCCUGGAAGCCUAAGCCCCGCCCCAACAUGGCGGCCAGAGCCAGGGAAGGGGCGGGGCGCGCCUGGUCACGUGCCCGCGCCGCCGCCGACGUGGCCUCCAGAGGUCGCCCCACGUGUCCCUUGCCGCGUCCCGUCGCCACCCUGCCCUGCGGAUCCGAUCCCAACAUGGCGGCGCCCAGCAAAAGGAGGAACGGCGAAGGCGCGAGCUGGUGGGCUGCGUUGCUCCUGGCGGCUGUGGCGUUGAGGCCGGGGGAGGCGGUGUCCGAGCCCACGACGGUGGCGUUCGACGUGCGACCUGGCGGCGUCGUGCACUCUUUCUCCCAGAACGUGGGCCCGGGGGACAAAUAUACAUGCACGUUCACCUACGCUUCUCAAGGAGGGACCAACGAGAAGUGGCAGAUGAGUCUGGGGACCAGCAAAGACCACCAGCACUUCACCUGCACCAUCUGGAGGCCCCAGGGCAAGUCCUACCUGUACUUCACGCAGUUCAAGGCGGAGGUGCGGGGCGCGGAGAUCGAGUACGGCAUGGCUUACUCCAAAGCUGCGUUUGAAAGAGAAAGCGACGUCCCCCUGAAAAACGAGGAAUUUGAAGUGACCAAAACAGCAGUGUCCCACCGGCCCGGGGCGUUCAAGGCCGAGCUGUCCAAGCUGGUGAUUGUGGCCAAGGCAUCCCGCAGUGAGCUGUGACCGGGAGCCCCCGGCAAGGGUGGCUCUUCCCCAUCCCCGCCGAGGGAGCUGGGCCCUGGGAGAGCUGGCGCGUUACUGGUCUUCUGGGGUGGGGGGGGGGCGACUGUCGGUCGACGUCCUCUGAGCGUGGAGCACGGGUCUGGGACCCACUGCCCGUCUCUCUUACCGAAAGAGGCACUGACUGAGGCACUCGGUGGGGGACUCCCAGGGGGACUCCCGGCUUUUCUGAAACCAGUGCGCGCCUCCCUAUGGAUCCGGCCAGGCUCCAGGUCCCUCCCUGGAAGAGCGAUCCUGCCGCCCUGCCUCCAAGCCUGCCGCUUUCUUGCAGUUUCCCUGGGGGACCUUCUUCCAGACUACCUGGGAGGAAAUGAAGUGUUCUUUCGUUUUUAAAUAAAUAAGACGAUCGAAGAGCUACCA